AGCGUAACAUUCGUUUUUCAAAAUGGUGAGCUCGGGAUCGCGUCUCCCCCUGUCGAUGCUGUUGCAGACAAAAGAGGCUGCCGAUGAGGAACCUCGUAAAGCGUCGCGUGAAGAUUGGCGUAAAGCGAAAGAGCUCGAGGAAGCACGAAAGGCGGGUAAUGCACCAGCUGCGGUUGACGAGGAGGGUCGCGAUAUCAAUCCCCACAUUCCGCAGUACAUUUCAUCGGCGCCAUGGUACUACAACACGGCAGGACCUACGCUAAAACAUCAGCGCCCACAGGAUGAUAACAGCACUCGCUCCGGUAUAGACGAAUGGUACAAACGAGGCGUCGAUACCUCCAAACCAUUGGUGACCAAGUUUCGUAAGGGAGCGUGCGAAAACUGCGGUGCAAUGACGCACAAGCGUGUCGAUUGUAUGGAGCGGCCGCGAAAGGUGGGAGCGAAAUUUUCUGCCAAACAGAUAGCACACGAUGAGUUUAUUCAGCCCAACAUAGUAAGCGACUACGAUGGGAAGAGAGACCGUUGGGCCGGGUACGAUCCAGCGAAUCAUCGGGAAAUUGUGGAAGAGUAUCUUAAAAUCGAGCAAGCCAAGCGUGAGCUGCGUGCUCAAAAGCUGAAGGAAAAUCCGGACCUUGCGGAGGAGCAAGACGAAGAGGCCGAUGAGGAUAGGUACGUGGACGAGGUGGACAUGCCCGGUACGAAAGUCGAUUCGAAGCAGCGCAUUACGGUGCGAAAUCUGCGCAUUCGCGAAGACACGGCAAAGUACCUGCGCAAUCUUGAUCCGAACUCUGCCUACUACGAUCCGAAGACGCGCUCCAUGCGUGACAAUCCUACGCCACAGCUCAACCCGGAAGAGACAGAGUUUGCGGGAGAAAAUUUUGUCCGCUACUCGGGCGACAUUCAGAAGCACGCACAAGCGCAGCUAUUUGCCUGGGAAGCGUACGGCAAGGGAGUCGAUGUGCAUGUACUGGCGGAACCGACCAAGCUGGAACUGUUACAGAAGGAGUACGACAAGAAAAAGUCUCAGUUCAAGGAUGAAGUGAAAAACAAGGUGUUGGAGCAGUACGGUGGCGAAGAACACCUGGCCGUGCCCCCAAAAGCACUGCUGCUGGCACAAACGGAAAACUAUGUCGAGUACUCGCGAUAUGGUAAAGUUAUCAAGGGACAGGACAAACCCAUCAUUCGUUCGCGGUACGAGGAAGACGUUUACAUCAACAAUCACACUACCGUGUGGGGUUCACACUGGAGCAACGGUUGCUGGGGCUACAAGUGUUGUGAAUCGAUGAUCAAAAAUUCUUACUGCGUAGGUGAAAAUGGCAAAGCUGCUACGAUUAAACCCGCCAUGGAAAACGAAAUAGCGGAAAGCGGAACGGCCUCCCUCGGAGAAAGCGAGGCGUCGAAAAAAUGUUCCGAAAAUCCAACUAAAACUUCGACACCAACGGAAGAAGUACAAGAAACGGUUCAAGCACAGAGGCAACAAACUCGUGAGAGUUCAGAAUCGAAAGGACCGGAACAGAACAAAAAUAGUAGCGGUGACAGUAAUAGCGACAGUGACUCGGAGGAACCCGAUCGAAGCAAGGAAUCGAGGAAAUCGAAGAAGAAGCGCAAGAAGGAAAAGAAGCGACAGCAGCGACGGGAAGAGAAAAAGCUGCGCAAAAAGUCCGAGGGUAAGGUGGAGAAGGACAAACUUCAACUUGCCUUGGAGGCGGAAGAAGCAAACGAACGGCGGGCAGCGGAAUUGUUGCGGCAGGAUGAGCGGAAACGGCCGUACAACAGUAUGUACGAUGUGAAAGCACCGACCGAAGAGGAAAUCGAAGCGUACAUGCUUAAACGGCGCCGCGAGGAAGAUCCUAUGCUGGCUUUUAUGAGCAAGUAA